GCUGUGGGAGGGACUAAAAUUCAUAUUAAAGUUUUGGCACGAGAGGGAGAAUUGUCAGAGUAGAAGGUUUCCUCUGAGGUUUUGCUUUUUGUAUUUUUUUUCAAUUUAGAAUGAUAAGUACUUAUGUGCAGAUCCUUCUAAUAAUUCUAUUUUGGAGUACUGAUUGUCAGAUUAUUCCCAGGAUUGAAGAAUGUGGACUUUCAUGUUCUCAGGGGAUUCACUGUAAAAGCAAACCUUCUGGUGGCAUUUUUAACAGCUUCUGCCAUGAUGCUCCUGCAUCUUUAUCUUCUAUGGUACUGAAAAGCAUGAAGAUCUCAACAGUGAUGAAAUGUGUCCAAGGAAGCCCAUGCUCUCUUCAUUUAAACAUUAAAGGAACACUGAGUCUGGAUGAGAAUGUCCGUGGGCUGGAAAUAUGUUCUUUUUCACUGGACACACAGCAAUCUCAAUGCAUAAAUGUGAGAUUCACUAGGAAAAAAAGCAAGAUGCUUAAUGGAAAGAAGGUACAGGUACAAUUCAAUUGCAUUGAAGUCAAUGUAGCACAACACAUCUAUGUGACCAUGAAAACUGUACCACAUUACUGUGAAGUCAAGCUGAGUCAGCAAUACUAUGUUGAAGACUGCAGAAACAGUGAUGUGGGAAAAUAUAUUCCAGCUUGUUCAGCUGGAAAAUUAGAUUAUAAUUUAGACAGGGCAAGGAAAAUUGUAACAGUGAAUGUAUCCAACUUUCCCCGAGAUCAAGAUUAUUACGUUCGCCUGUGCCACAAAUGGUUCACCUGUGAAGAUGUUGGGGCACUUGCUGUGAUAAAAGGAAAGGAAUCUUUUAAAUCAGUUUCUCUGAAAUAUUCUCAGCUACUCCCUUGUCUUUGCAUUGAGGGUUGGCUGGCACUUCCAGAUGCAAGGAGGAUACAACUUUGCCCCUUUGAAAAUGAUACACAGGUGCUUUGGGACAAUAUUGUUUAUAACCCAUCAACACAAACCCUUGCCUGGGAGCCAGCCUGUCCUGUCCUUGUCAUGGUUAACCUAUGCAGGUUUACCAAGUCGAAUGACCAUUGUGAAGAUAUAGAAAAAUCUUUCAAAAAUUCUUCUGAGAAACAGGUUAAAUAUUCUCGUGUGGACACUCACCCAAGACUUUGCAUGAAGUUUACAACCAAACGAGGAUCUUGGAUUAAAUGUCCAUUUGCUCAUGGAGAAUUUCCAGCCUGGAAAAUGAGGACUGCUGCAGUUGCAGAACAGAUACAAGUUUUCUUCACAUCCCAAAGCAAGGCACAGUUCUCAGUGCUUGUGUGUAACAGGACGCAGAUGGCUUCGUGUGAAUCUCUUGGGAUGCACCAUUCAGUCUCUGUGGGAGAUUCUGUUUCAAUCACUAUGUCACAGGAAAUGUGUGGGUCAACAAUUUGCAUUCAGGGCUGGAGAACAGAUGUAGAUUAUUCAGUCCCACUGCAGAUCUGCGAUACCUACUGUGGUUUUCAUGGUCAGUCAUACAGUGAUGGAAACCCACCAAAAGCCUUGACACACAGGAUGAAGAGUGUGGAGUCCUUGCAUUGAAUUUAACAACAUUUUUUCAAGGUCCUCAGUAUCUUCUCAACAUUGUAUUUUGGUGCAACUUACAAAUCUGGUCUAACUGGUCAUCUCUCAUGACAGUAGUUUCCAAUUACUGUGAGAUUAUUCUCAUGAGGGAAGAAUUUAGCAAGUUGAGCCUACUCUAAUAUGACAAAUUCAGAUUAGAAUUCUUUAUUUCCCAGUAUUUAAAAAAAGGGUCUUAGAUCACCUAGAAAAUCAGGUCCACAUUUCCCACCUAAAGUUGUAUUUUAUACAAAACAUGCUAUAAGUGAAUACUUUCAUGGUACUUUGUGUACCUAUAGAACAAGUAUUUCAGAUCUUCUUGUUGGUAGCUUUCAUCUUUAAACCAUAAGCAAAAGUUUCUGAGAAAUUAAUAAUGGAGGAAGUUUUCUCAGCUUUGAUACAUUAUUCUUCUUUGCAAUUUCCUGUCUUGAUUUUCUCAUGCCAUUAUGAUGAUCUCACCAUGACAGACCAUGUUCUUUAAGUAUAUCUCACAACUGUGCUUGCAUUUGUGUUUGCCUUGGAGGCAAUUUUCCUGUUUGUCUGAGGUGGUACAUGUCUUUGGUUUGAUUGCUAUUUAAAACUGUCUUGUGGAAAUCUGGUCUAGAAGGAAACAGUUUAAUGGAAAUAAUGGAAAUAUUUUUCCCCAUUAUAUCAGUAUUUAUACUCAAUUGUUCAGGAUAAUAUUACACACUGUACUGAUUAACAAAUAUUUGGCCUUUAUUUCACUGAAUAGUCCUGUCAAACAUGCUUCCUGUUGUGUAACAUUGGAAUAAAGUAAAAUGAAAGAUGAUUAAUAGCAUAUCCUGAAACCAUGUGGAAUUGAUCAUGUGAAAUCAUGGAAUAUGGGUGAGGAGUAAGGGAACAAGGAGCUGAUCAAUAAAAAAAUAUUUUCCAUUUGAA